AUGGCGUCCGCACACUUUUCGCCCACGUCUGUCUUAGCGGUCACCAAACCAUCAACUGGUCCGCCUGCACUGGAACCAACUUCCACGCCCUUCGCCAGACCAAACAGCCCAUGGUCAACAACAAUCCUGGACGCCGCAAAGCUCCCACCAGCUUCCAGACAGCGAGAGAUUCUCAAACUUGCAAAUAACAAGCUCAGCAAUGGCUAUGCUCUCUUCGUGCACUACGUCCAACCAACACUUGAGCUCCGUCGCAAAGUUCUUUUAGACAGCGGAACCACCAAGAAGAAAUUCUACAAAUCAGUCGGGAAGCUGUAUGAAGACCUACCUACCGGUCAGAAAGCUUUCUGGAAUGGCGAAGCAGCACGCCUUCGAGUUUUGGUCAGGGACAAAGUGAUUACUCAUGAAGAAUGUGUUCGUCAUGCUGGCUCUCCRGAUCAAUGGGACACAUACAUCGAAUACGCGGAGACGGCAGUGGCGGAGUAUCUUCUCAUCCCACUACCGAUCAAAGCACCUUCUCUGGAAACGCCCGACUUGAUAUGCGAUGAGCAGACAAUCACGCCCAUAUCCACCAUCGCUCCAACAGAGAUCGAUUCGCCAACGACUUCCCUCCAUCAACCACUACUUGAUACUCUCCCAGAACCUUUCUCUUUCGAACCACGAAUGCUCUACAGCCAUUUUGCCAAAUACGACCUCGAUGAAAUUCUCAGCACCCCAACCCGAAAGCGACAACUAGAGAAACUGCAUCAGCUCGCAGACCUCUUCGAUCGCACGGGUAGAGUGCUCUUCUACUACUACGUCUAUCCGAGACUGUGGAGGCGUAUGCGUCCUUUGAAUGCAGAUGAGAGUAUUGCGUCUUUUGCACAGGAUCUCUGGCGGUUUGCUCAAGGAGCUGUGGUGCAGGAAUGGCAGGUCGCUGAGGUUGAUGUUAAGAAGAUGCUGGGAGAUGGGGACGUGAACGGGCUUGCGCUGUUGCGGUUGGGUGGGUUGCAUCCAAGGGUUUUGAGAUUUCAUGAGAUGGCUGAGCAGGCUGUCGGUGGGAGAUUCGGGGAUAUAGAGAGAUCGAUGUGA